AUGGAGACAGUCAACCGCACGCUAGUAACUGAAUUUGUCUUCCUGAGAUUCUCCAACUCCCCACAUCUCCAGUUGCUUCUCUUCUCCUUCUUCCUCCUGGUCUACCUCUUGUCCUUGGUAGGCAAUGCACUCAUUGUGCUCAUUGUGGUCCUGGAUGAGCACCUCCACACCCCCAUGUAUUUCUUCAUCUGUAAUCUCUCCUUGGUAGAACUCUGGUACACCACAGUCACUGUGCCCAAGAUGCUGGCCAAUUUUCUAAGUUCUCAAGGGGUCAUCUCUGUUCCCAGUUGCAUUACUCAGUACUACUUCUUCUUUUCUUUGGCUGCCACUGAGCUCUUCAUCCUCACUACCAUGGCUUUUGAUCGCUAUGCCGCCAUUUGUCACCCCCUCCACUAUCCACUGUUGCUUAGUCCCCAAACUUGUGGGAUUCUGGCUGCAUUCUGCUGGUCUGUGGGAUUUAUCUGCCCCAUGUUCCCCUCAUUCCUCCUUACACAAAUCUCCUUUUGUACACCCAACCAGAUCAACCACUUCUUCUGUGAUGCUGAUCAGAUUUUCCGCCUUUCCUGCACUGACACAUAUGCCAUCCAAGUGGUGGGCUAUGCUUUUAGCACUGUCAUUAUUCUAGGAGCCUUGGUCUUUACCAUGGCUUCUUAUGCCCAAAUUCUUGCUACAAUUCUAGCCAUGACCUCAGCUUCUGCUCAACGCAAGGCCUUUUCCACCUGCACAGCCCAUCUUUCUGUGGUAACCAUCUACUUCAGCACUCUGAUAUUCAUGUACGUGCGCCCAGCAGUAAAAUAUGAGUCAAAUGUCAACAAGAUUGUGGCUAUCUUCUACUCGGUUAUCACCCCACUUCUCAAUCCUCUCAUCUAUACACUCCGCAACAAGGAUGUCAAGGAAGCUCUGAAGGUGUUUGUGUCCCGGAUCCAAAGGGUUUGUCUUCCAAACAAGAGGACUCAGUGA